GCUAAGGUGUGAACGUCCUGCCGGACAAACGGCCUAAUCCAGGUAGGCUGUGGAACCUUUAAUCACACUUUGCUUCAUAUCAGCUGCUUCUGUCUGGGUUCGGCGGCCCGUUCGCAUCUUGUUCUGUUUGGUUCCGAAGACUGAGCAGCAUGGAGGUCUGUAACGAAUGGGAAAUCCACAUCCCUAUGGAGGCGGAGGUGAAGAACAUCCCCCUGAAGAGUUUACCUAACUCAAUCCUCAGGAGAAUAGGCCUCACUGUUUCUGACGGCGACUCCUCCAGGAAGCCCACUGACUCCUCAGAGGUGAUCUGGAUUUGUCCAGCUGUGAUUGGACGAAAAGGAGAGGGACACAAGGGGAAACGUUUGGCUGAAUUCCUGGGCACAGAGUUUCAGGGCAGUCCUUUGAAAAUGUCCUUUGUCUCAUCCAAUCGAGCAGCCAGGGAGGUGCUGAAGAACGUCCCUGCAGGGAAACCUUUACCUAAGAAACAACCUCUAUGCCAGGACUUGGCACUGCAGGCCAAUCAAGAUGCUGUUGUCAUCUACAAUGGGCAGAUUUACCUCUGUAUCAGGAAGGGCAGGAAAAGACGACAGAAGGCAGAGGAUCGGUCAUCUGCUCGCACCACCAAGGAGCUGGGAAGCAGCAGAAGAAAGAUAAAACCUGAUGCAGGUAAAGUAAUGAGCUCUCUGAAGGCUAUAAUGAAAAAAGGUGCUUCCACAGUCGGGGCGCCCCUCCGUCCUUCUCCCAGUGGGCACAGAGCAGACGCUAACAGUCAGUGUGUUAAUGCGUCAGGGCUGGACUCGGAGCAAACGGCUCUCCAGCUUUCAUACCGUCAUGAGAAUCAGAGGAACCCGACCAGCAGGACGAGUGGAGAACAUGAGAGGAUAAACUUGGGUGAGGAAGGGGCCUGGACGGGUGACAUGGACGGUGAUCAGACCCGAGGUCAGGAUGAGUUGAAGAUGCCGGAGUCUCUGCAUGCAGCUGCUGCCUCAACGUCGAGACACAUGGACUUUGACUUUAAUGAGCUGGAGCAAGAGGAGAGGAUUGCUCAGCUGAAGGCCAAAUUCAUGCAGAGUGAAGCUGCUCUCAACAACCUGCUGUCCUGAUGGGACAUCUGGCUCUUCUUUCUGGCCAUCAUGACCUGUUGAUAAACUCUAAGCUCAUUGAUGGAUAUGUUUCAACAAGCUUGGAACCUUUAUGACUGGUCUAGUGCUUUUCAAAGACCAAUCUUUUGUCAUGUAUUGUAAUGGAUAAACUUUAUGGUCUGGAAUCUAUGGUUUGAAAAAAAAAUAAAAACAAAAUGUAACUAUAAUGAGCUUAUAUCUUUGACAGUUUUUU